AUGGGCCAUAAGCUUCAAAAUCUCAUAGGAAUUAGCCUUAAUUCUAAUAACCUUAGUGGAGCGCUUCCAAGCUAUAUCUCCAAUUGUUCUAAACUAGUUGGCCCAUUCCUCGAAGGUAACAGUUUUAGUGGCCCAAUUCCUAACUCUUUGGGAGAAUUAAAAUUUUUGGAAGAAUUGUGGAUAGUAGAUAAUAAGUUAACAAGCGAGUCCUCUUCUAUAGGGGUCAAUUUUAUGAGUUCAUUGGCAAAUUGUAGAUACUUGAGAGAACUAGGGAUAGCUAAUAAUCCUUUGAAUAUUGUCCUACCAAGUGCCUUUGGUAAUCUCUCUAACUCCCUUGAGUUCUUUGUUGCAUAUGGUUGUAAUAUAAAGGGCAAAAUUCCAAACAAAGUUGGUAAUUUAAGUAGUCUCAUUACACUAGACUUAUCCCAAAAUGAAUUGACCAGAGUUGUUCCUAGAGGUAUAAGAGGUCUAAACAAACUUCAAAUGUUGAACCUUGGAAACAAUAAACUAAGUGGGUGUUUGCCGGAGAGCAUUUGUAAUUUGAAAUACUUGGACAGUUUGCAUUUAAGUAAAAAUCAGAUUUGGGGUUCUAUUCCUGAGUGCAUGGGGAAUGCUACUUCUUUAAGAGAGAUCUAUCUACCCUCUAACCGAUUGAGUUUUAACAUAUCAUCAGGCCUCUGGAAUCUUACAGACCUCUUGAAACUUGACUUGUCUUCAAAUUUCUUGAAUGGCUCUUUACAUCCAAAGAUUGGAAACAUGAAAGUUGCAAUAUACAUCAAUCUAUCAAGGAAUCAUUUUUCUGGCUAUAUUCCAACUACCAUAGGAGAUUUGUGUGGUUCUCCAAGGCUAAAAGUGCCACCUUGCACUGUUCAUUCUAAUUUUCAUCCAUUGAUAAGGAGAGAACUUCGGAUUGUAUUGAACUCUGUGGCUAUGUUCAUAGUGGGAAUCUCAGUGAUUAUCCUUUUAUUGUGGAAAUGCAAAAGUAAAAAUUCCACAGCCAAUGGGGUUAACUUUUUACAAGAAAUAGUGUCAUUGAGAAUUUCAUACUACGAACUUCAAAGAGCAACUCAAGGGUUUAGUAGUAAUAACUUGCUAGGGGCCGGAAGCUUCGGUUCUGUUUACAAGGGCACAUUUGGAAAUGGGUUACUCUUUGCUGUCAAGGUUUUUAAUUUGCAAGUUGAAGAUGCAUUUAAGAGUUUUGCUACUGAAUGUGAAGUUUUGCGCAAUCUUCGUCAUAGAAAUCUCACAAAGGUGAUAAGUGCUUGCUCUAACACGGAUUUUAAAGCACUCAUACUUCAGUACAUGUCGAACGGUAGUCUAGACAGUUGGUUGUACUCUUACCAGCAAUCUUUGCACAUCAUGCAAAGACUAAACAUCAUGAUUGAUGUGGCAUGUGCAUUAGAGUAUUUGCACCAUGGUUACUCAAGUCCAAUUGCUCAUUGUGAUUUAAAGCCAACCAAUGUUUUAAUUGAUGAAGAUAUGGUGGGACAUGUAAGCGACUUUGGCAUUGCGAAGUUACUUGGAGACGAUGAAUUGGUUGCUUAUACCAUAACCAUGGCCACAAUUGGAUACAUUGCCCCAGAGUAUGGAUCAAAUGGGAUGGUCUCCACGAAAUGUGAUAUUUAUAGUUAUGGCAUAAUGUUGAUGGAAGUGUUUACCAAGAGGAAGCCAAAUGAUGAAAUUUUCACCGGAGACCUUAGUCUAAGGAGUUGGGUUUCUAAUUCACUUUCUCAUACUCUUGACGAAAUUGUGGACCCAACUUUAAUGAGGCCCGAAGAAUCAGAAUUUAGACAAAAAUUGCAAUGCAUAUCAUCUAUUUUAGAGUUGUCUUUGAGUUGCACAAUCGAGUCUCCUGAGUAG